CUGGCCUGGCCUGUGCCCUAAUUGUUAUCGCCUAGAGCGUUUGCUGUCGGGUUCUUCUGUCGGAAGUCUUUUCUCGCCAGGGUUUUCUUGUGCCCUGCUUGACGACUCUUUUCGGAGCCGGAAUCAGUCCGAUUAUCACUCGAACAUAUCUCGAAAAAAACAAAAAAAAUAUUCGCAAACUCAGCAGGCGCUGCAGGAGCUUUGCAGUAAUUAUUAACUGUACCUAUUGUUCCACUUUUUGCGACAUUCACCGGUUGGACUGCCCCGUUUGCCGCCAUAGCACUUCACCAUGGCUAGCCACAUCAUCGGAAACCGCAACAGCACCCCGGACGCUUCGAAGUCCUCUCUUCGUCCUCCGUCGUCCUCUCGUAACCUGGGAGGCUCCCAUCAACUGCGAGCUUCAGCGGACAUGUCGGGAUUCCCGUCUCCUCUUUCCUCGCGGAGCAUACGUCCUUCGUCGGAAGUCUUCUACAACCAACAAUCCCAAAAUCAAAGCAACAAUGACGACGCUCUUGACCGUGCUGCGCAACAGUGGAUUGCCGACAUCGACCAGUAUGAGACAACUCUGGAGGAGAUGGCUGCCGCCACGUUAGAUCAGGACUUCAAGGAUGAGCUGAGUGCGAUUGAACAGUGGUUCCGCGUCUUGAGCGAAGCGGAAAGGACGGCUGCUCUCUACGCCCUGCUGCAACAGACUACUCAGGUUCAGAUUCGCUUUUUCAUCCAGGUUUUGCAGCAGAUGGCCAAAAGCCAUCCGAUGUCUGGUGUCCUGUCGCCUGCCAACUUUGGGGAAAAGGAUCCCAUGUCGAACCGUCUGAAUGAUGCCAUGGCCAAGUUGAAUGUGGACAGCUCCCGCAACUCGCUGGGUCGCCCGCCACCUUCUCCCGGCGCCAAACGGAACUCAGGACUGGACUCCUCUACGAUCAACGCUAUGUUCCCGGAUGCUGCUGCGGCUAUUGCAAAGAAGAAGGCGGAAUUCACUCAACAAACGGGUAAUGCGCCAACCUCAAACCGCAACAGUGCUGUCUUUGGCGGCGACCGUACCUCUCUUGUCACGCCCACCAUCUCCGCCCCGGACAACGAGAACUUGGGCCAGCCGCCAUCGUCGCCAUGGGCUCAGCGAGGCCCCGAAACUCAGCCUCCAAUUGCGCGCCCCAAGUCUUCCUCCGGUCAGCAGCAACCAAUGGGUCAGUUCAGCCAGCCCGCUUCGAGUCUCCGUUCCCCUCGCCCUGGCCAGAUCUCGACCGGGCAUGAUCUCUCCGCCGAUCCUCCUCUCUUGUCUCCGUAUAAUCUUGGCAACGCGAGCUGGGCUUCGAUGUCAAACACACCGAUGGCGGCCACUUUCAACACGCAGCAGAGUGCGGCCUCUCAGGCCGAUAUGGUUGCUAAUGCAACCGCUAUGAAGCUUGCGGCAUUGUCUACUGUGAACAACCGCAUCGCUCUGGACGAUGCUCGAAAGUACCGCCGUGCGCGGUCUAACGAUGGCCACGGAAAGAAUUCGAAUGCCGGUCAAGUUCUGUCUCCAGGACUCCCGCACACGAACAUUCCAGGAGCAAAUCUGGUAAUGGUGAAUGAUGCUGGCCAGGCCCUGAACGCCCAACAGAUUGCUGCUCUGCAAGCUCAGCAGCAAGCGGCAAUGGCAGGCCGGCGCUCGCGUCCCAACUCCCCUGGAUUGGCCAUGCAGGGGGGAUCGUUGGGUCCUGUGGGAUUUACUUCGCCACAGAACAACGGUUUCCUCGCCGCAUAUGAUCCCAAUAGCAACCCCCUUCUGGCGAAUGGACUGGGUGCUCUUGGUCUGAGCCAGUUUGGCCUUGGACACGAAGGCUAUCUCUCGGACCACUCCGAGGUCACUCGUGGCCGCUCUCCCCGUGGUCGUCGCGGCAGCUCUAAGCCGCCAGAGGAUCCAACCGACCCUAACCUCCUGCAGGACAUUCCUGCCUGGCUCCGGUCUCUGCGCCUGCACAAGUACACAGACAACCUGAAGGAUCUGAAAUGGACUGAACUGGUUGAGUUGGACGACAAAGGCCUGGAGGAGCGGGGAGUAAAUGCCCUUGGAGCCAGGAACAAGAUGCUGAAGGUCUUUGAGCAAGUGAGGGAGGCCAAGGCGGAGGGCAAGCUGGACCACGCUUUAUAAUCCGACAUAUAUCCCCAGUCGUUCUUUGUUUCUGCUUGGGCAGUCCGACACGAUCCAAAAGUGGUAACUGAGAGGAGCUGAGAAGAAAAGUCGCUGUGAAUUUUUGGAAUGACGUCUGUGGGCGGUUUGGAACCGCCCUGUUAUAGGCACAACUGUUGUCAUACCCGAGAGCAACUGGCCAAUUUUUGUAUCUAUUCCAUUG